UUUCCAGGUCUCUCCCUCCUGAGCAGCGAUGGGGGCGGGUCGGAUCCUGGGGGCCGGGAGCCACUGGGCUGGGGCUCUGCUAGUGACACUGACGGUGCUGAGAACCCACACGGCUCAUUGCACGGAGUCCCCAGAGCAUUUCCUGUACCAGGGGAAGGCUGAGUGUCAGUUCACCAACGGCACCGAGCGGGUCCGGUUCCUGCAGCGGUACAUCUGGGGCCAGCAGCAAUACGUGCACUUCGACAGCGACCUGGGGCUGUUCGUGGGGGACACGGAGCUGGGCCGGGCCACCGCCGAGCACUGGAACCAGGACCCGGCGAUCCUGGCGCGCGCGCGGGCUGCGGCGGACACGUUCUGCCGGUACAACUACGGGGUGGCGCAGGCGGGGAAGGUGGUCGGCCGCAGAGUUCAGCCCAAGGUGAAAGUUUCCCCCACAAAAUCGGGGUCCCAGCUCCACCCCGACCUGCUGGUUUGCUCGGUGACGGGGUUUUACCCCUCGGGGAUCGAGAUCAAGUGGCUGAAGAACGGGCAGGAGCAGACGGCCGGGGUGGUGUCCACGGAGCUGCUCCAGAAUGGAGACUGGACCUUCCAGAUCCUGGUGAUGCUGGAGAUGAGCCCCCGGCGCGGGGACGUCUACACCUGCCAGGUGGAGCACAUCAGCCUGCUGGAACCCCUCGCCGUGCACUGGGCUACUCAUGCGGGCCCUGGCUCUGACCCGGCCGGCGCUGGUCACUGGCACGGACGGGAGCCCGGCCCGGAGGCCCCUGGCUCUACCCCGGCCAGCGCCGGUCACUGGGCAGACGGGAGCCCAGCCCGGAGGCCCCUGGCGCUGACCCGGCCGACGCUGGUCACUGGCGCGGACGGGAGCCUGGCCCGGAGGCCCCUGGCUCUGCCCCGGCCGGCGCCGGUCACUGGCGCGGACGGGAGCCUGGCCCGGAGGCCCCUGGCUCUGCCCCGGCCGGCGCUGGUCACUGGCGCAGACGGGAGCCUGGCCCGGAGACCCCUGGCUCUGCCCCGGCUGGCGCUGGUCACUGGUGCGGACGGGAGCCUGGCCGAGAGGCCCCUGGCUCUGCCCCGGCCGGCGCCGGUCACUGAGGCGCAGUCUGACUCCGCCAGGAGCAAGAUGCUGACGGGGGUCGGGGGCUUCGUGCUGGGGCUGAUCUUCCUGGCGCCCGGACUCGUCAUUUACCUGAAGAAUAAGAAAGGUGAAUGGCUCCGGGGCGCCCUGUUCCCCAACCUGCAGGUAAUUUCAAUCCCUCUCCCCCUGUUAAUUCCCCCUCCCCCCACACUGACCACCGGCUGCCUGGGGCGCCCGUGGGGCAGCUGCUUCUGCCCCUCGGCCUCUGACACCCGCCCGGCUCAGACCCUGGGCAGCUGGGCAAUGGGGCGCUGGCCCCGCGGAGGAGGAGUCUGCGGCUCCCUCGGUCCCCGUUCAGGCCGAUCCCCGAGCUGCUCCCGGGGGCAGAGGCUCCUGGGUCCUGCCGAGCAUCGCCCAGCCCUGCGGCUGCCGGGCAGAGUCCCUGGGGCGCCCUGGGGCCUGGCAGAGAAAAUCCCCCGUCCGUCCCGCUAG